AAAAACCACCGCCAUCCCAAAAUUUUAGUUUUGAUCUGCGAGAAAACCAGUACUGAGUUAAUUACACAGCCACUUUAGCUGUCUUUCUUUUCCUGCCUACCUUUAAAUUGAAGCUGAGUGCAGGUUUACAAUGUGCAGGUUAAUGAAUUAAUGAGAGUCAGCUUAUCAAGUCCAGGUGUACCUCAUCAGCUCAUCAACGCUGACUACUGAUUGGGCUUCUUUAUUUUUCUUUCAGAUUCAUUAAAUCUUUUUUUUAUUUUAUUUUUUAAUACACUAGACAAUAUUUUCAGAAGUAAAUACCAAUUUUGUCAUUCAUAAAUUAAAACGAAACCUUAUUCUUUAAAAAAAGGUUAGGGUUAAGGUUAAGGUUAGCUCGCAAACCCACCAAGAUUAUUCCAUAGGCCAAAUUAGUUGGCUAAAUUAGCAGCAAAAUUUCAAACAUUGUUUCGUAAAAAGUGUAUUUGAAAGGGGGAAAAAGAAUGUCAACAAUGUAAUGACAUAACAGUGCUCGCCUCGGAGACGGUAUAAACUCCAUGUAAGUUACAGCGACACCUGCAGCGUGCCCAUGAUCAGGUGAGCGCGCGGAGAGGGAGUGGCCAUGCACGCACACGCAGGUGAACGGGAAGAAGGAACUCAGCCUGAGAGGCACGGUAAGAGGAGAAGGUCCUUGAACAUGUUAAACUUUUAAUUAUGACUUCGUCUGAAAGAAGGACUUCAGGAUGGUGAAUUCGGGUAUUUGUUGUGGCAGUCUGAAGGAUGACAAGAUCCUGAUGAAGAUGGGGUUGGGACUGGUUCUGGUUGGUCAUGUGAACUUCUUGUUGGCGGCACUGGUACAUGGAGCUGUGCUUCGACACAUAAGUGUGUUCACUUGGAACCGGAAACUCGUCUACCCCAUAUCAAAUGUCAUUGCUCUUGUGGCAGGACUCAUGGCAAUCAUUGGUGGAAUUUCAGCUAUUGUUCUCUCAAAGAACAAGAAAAACCACCAGCUGAGUUGGUUUUUACUAGUGAUGAGUGUCCUGGCUCUUCUUUUGGGUGCCGCCUCUGCUGUGGGAAUCAGUGUUGCUACAGUGAGGGUCAUACAUCUGGACGGGGAGAAUCUGUUUGCCCACUGCAACCAGUCUGCCAUCAUAAAUUUGUACAGCAUCACAAACGAAUGCCCCUUUGACCCCACACGCAUCUAUGGUACUACAUUAAUCCUAUGGUUUCCAUUGAUUCUGAUGUCAGUGGUGGAGGUUGUGUUCUCCUGCCGCUGUUUCUUGGCCUGCACGUCGUUCCUCCGGAUGCGCUGCCCAUGGAGAAGAACUGUCACUAAAAGGGUGCGUGUCCAGCUGCCAGAAGAAACCCCACUGCCACCAGGAGAUGAUCCGAAUGAGGCGGAGCCAGCAGAACAUGACCUACUUGCUGUGGAGACAAGUGAACUGUAAUUCACAAGUAAACAUUACAUGAACAAUACAUGCUUUUCAAAACCACUGCAUGACAGUGGACCAAGAAAUACCAAGUGCCAAUGCACAUAAAACAUAAAAGUGUACUGCUCACUGAAAUGGCUAGCAGGUGAAGAGAGGUGGUGCUCCGACAUCUAAUGAAGCACUAAUGAUGAGUGUCUUAAACGGUCUGACUGUGUGACCAAGUACUAUAAAAGUGCAUGUUUUAUAUAUUAACCUCAAGAAAAUAUUUGAUGUGUGUGUUUAAUGUUACAUUUCUGCACUGAUGGGUUUCAUUGUUACAUUUAUAUUAAAAAGACUUUUCUAUUUGAAACUGAA